GCGCAUGCGCGCGGGGCCGCGGCGACUACGCCGACAGUACCACCUCCUACGCGCCGUCUUUCUCCACGGUUACCCUAGCUCUCCACCCCUCCUUUCCGCGGCGCUCGAGGGAUCAUGGCCGAUCCUCGCGUGAGGCAGAUCAAGAUCAAAACCGGCGUGGUGAAGCGGGCAGUGCAUGUGCUGUUCAAUAACUUGCUUCCUGAGCCUUUUCACAAAAAAAGAUUGGUCAAAGAAAAAAUGAUGUAUGAAAAAGAAGCAAAACAGCAAGAAGAAAAAAUUGAAAAAAUGAAAGCUGAAGAUGGUGAAAAUUAUGCCAUUAAAAAGCAGGCAGAGAUCCUGCAAGAGUCCCGGAUGAUGAUCCCAGAUUGCCAGCGCAGGUUGGAAGCAGCAUAUACCGAUCUUCUACAGUUAUUAGAGGGUGAAAAAGACUUGGAAGAAACUGAGGAAUAUAAGGAAGCACGUUUAGUAUUGGAUUCAGUGAAGUUAGAAGCCUGAAGUUUUUCUGUACAGGAUGUUUUUUGCAUUAAAUCCUGGGAUCCAUUCCACAAUUCAUUAUUUUUGACCACUGCUGUAUGUUCAAAUAGUAUGAGAAUGUGAUUCUUUUUAUGCAGUUGCAUAUAUUUUUCUUUGCCUAAUUUAACGUGUCAAAUAAAUGAGUUCGUCUAAAA